CUCCCGUAAAAAUUAUAAAGUGAUCCACUCCCUUGGAACCAACUCACGCGCAGUUUGGCGAGACUUCUGACGUCACGGCGUGGCCUUUUCACUUCCGGCUGUUUUCAGAGUUGUCGUGAACAGAACAACAUGCCUGCACCAUCAAGUCAGACCAAUGUUGGGUCCCGUGCCCCGGCCAGCAAGGCCGUCACACCUCGGGCCGGGGGAGGCAGUCAGCUCAGACAAAGGAAAACCCCAUCCUCAGCCUCCAGAGGCCAGGCCCGUGCUACAGGGAACACUGCUGGGAUGUGGCGAUUCUACACAGAAGACUCUCCUGGGCUUAAAGUUGGCCCUGUCCCCGUUCUCGUGAUGAGCCUGCUGUUCAUCGCCUCAGUCUUCAUGCUUCACAUCUGGGGGAAGUACACAAGAGGAUAGACAGGGGGCGCUCCUGCACUGUCUACCAACUCCAGCCAAACACCAAUCACCAAAUAGAUCGCCACAAACACUUUAAGUCUCUUGUAUUGUGACAUUUUUAACUCAAAGCUUUGGAAAAAUGUUAUCCCCCCCUCCUGCAAAGUAAAAGAAGUCUGUGUGCCCUGGAAUUUUAUAUUCAAAGAAAGUACCUUUCUUUUUCGACAGGGAAACUUUAUUUUCUUUUGUCAAUGAACAAAGUAUUGUUGUGGGCAUUGUUUCAGGUACGAGAGUGCCAAGUAAAUAAAUUAAGAAUUGUUUUCAUUAUUAAUUAAUUAAAAGUAGUAUGUAGUAAAACAGGAUAUUUUUGAAGGUCAUUCCAAGUUUUGAGUUCCGACUACGUUACAGUAUGUGUACCAAUGUCGUUUGGUACCUUCUAUAUCUUGAUGUUGUAACUCGAGGUAUUUGGAGAGUAACACACUACAUGUACUUUUCUUCUCUGUUCAACAUGUUUACCUUUGUAAGCAAAACUUGAUUGUGAUAUUUUGACAAUAAAUUCUCAUAUACCGGU